AUGGAGAAUUACACAAAAGAAAACGACAUUGAUGUUUCCUUUUCUCUCUACCUUAUGACAGUAAGCGUAGUAUCCUCUUUUAUUGGUAUAAUUGGUGUAUGUGGAAACGCUUUGGUUUUCGUAACGGUUUACUCUAUUCCGUCCCUUCAUACGGUUUCCAACGUACUUCUUGCGAGUCUCUCUUGUGCAGAUUUUCUAUCGGCGAUUAUCGGAACACCUAUGGCAAUAUACGUGAAUGUAUAUUCAGGAGUAACUUUCAGUGACACUUCAAUAAAAGGUGAUGCGUUCUACAUUCCACUUUAUAUAUCAUGUCCUAUUUCUGUAUGGCAUCUAUUCUUUAUUUCUCUUGAUCGGUAUUUUGCAAUCUCUUAUCCAUAUAAAUAUCAGUCCCAUGCAACGAUCUACCGAGCAUCUUACUUCAUCAUACUGGCGUGGGUGAUUGGAAUUACCUGGGGCCUAGUGCCUUUGUUUGGUGGAUUAGAAAUAGACGAGGACUGCCUUCCAAACAUUUGUAAAACUUACAGCGAAUCGGCCAUUCGAGUUUACGAGAUAAUGAGUGCAGUUGGUUUAAUGAAUACAUUCAUUAUAGUUGUGUUAAUUUAUGCUAGAAUAUUUUUCAUUUCAAAAAAACUGGCGAUUAAUGUGCGGGAUAUACCAAGACAAGGCGUGUCAUUGCCAUUAAAUACUAACGAGCAGGCGUCUUUACAGAAGACUAUUAAAGCAACCGCAAUGGUAGUCGGAGGGUUUUUCAUCUGCUGGUCGCCAAUGUUCUUCUAUAUAAUACUACACUUUGAGCAUGUGACCGACAACGUAUCGCUCAAUAUUCUUAGAGCAUUUGCCGAAAUUAAGUCUGAGUAGCACUUCGAUAAAUCCGUUUAUUUACAACUUUAAGUUAAAGAGUUUUCGAGAUGGCUUUCGACGAUCGAUCAGAAUGUUGAAAC